CUAGUGCGGUGCUGUGGUGCGCUCAAACGGACCAGCCUCGCAGCACACACGCUGAUACCGAAAUACGCCAAAACAUGCUACGUCCGGGACAAGACGACGAAUAAGACCACCGCGACAAGUCAUAUCACCGGAAGUGCACUCGUUCUAAGUGGAGCGCUUUCAUUUUUUAUUUUAUUUUUGCUGCAACCAACCAUCCUCCUCAUUCCUCACUCCUCCUCCUCCUCCUAUUCCUCCUCUUCCUCCUCCUCCACCUCUUCAUCAUCAGACCUCCUGCAGAUGAGCGCCGUGUGUGCAUGAAACGCUCAUUGGCAGCUUCGACGACAAACGCGGACGACUGCGUGCGGUGGGUUUGACAGAAAGAGCGAACACACCCCUAGGCGCCCCUUCCACCAUGGCGUUAACUAUCUGCACGAGAUUUACCGACGAAUAUCAACUGUUUGAGGAGCUGGGGAAGGGAGCCUUUUCCGUGGUCAGAAGGUGCGUGAAGAUCUCCUCCGGUCAAGAGUAUGCUGCCAAAAUCAUCAACACCAAGAAGCUCUCUGCCAGAGAUCAUCAAAAGCUGGAAAGAGAAGCGAGGAUCUGCCGUUUACUAAAGCACCCCAACAUCGUGCGCCUCCAUGACAGCAUUUCAGAGGAGGGCUUCCAUUAUUUGGUGUUUGAUCUCGUGACGGGGGGUGAGCUCUUUGAGGACAUCGUGGCCCGCGAGUACUACAGUGAGGCCGACGCCAGCCACUGCAUCCAACAGAUUCUGGAGAGUGUCCAUCACUGCCAUGUUAAUGGGAUCGUCCACCGGGAUUUGAAGCCUGAGAACCUUCUAUUGGCCAGUAAGCUGAAGGGGGCGGCUGUCAAGUUAGCUGACUUUGGGCUGGCUAUCGAGGUGCAGGGGGACCAGCAGGCAUGGUUUGGCUUUGCUGGUACCCCAGGGUACUUGUCUCCUGAGGUUUUGAGGAAAGAUCCAUAUGGGAAACCAGUGGAUAUGUGGGCCUGCGGAGUGAUUUUGUACAUUCUGCUGGUGGGCUACCCUCCAUUCUGGGAUGAAGACCAGCACCGCCUUUAUCAACAAAUCAAGGCUGGGGCCUAUGACUUCCCAUCUCCCGAGUGGGACACCGUAACUCCUGAGGCCAAAGAUCUGAUCAACAAGAUGCUAACCAUCAACCCCAGUAAACGCAUCACUGCCUCAGAGGCCCUCAAACAUCCCUGGAUCUGCCAACGAUCCACUGUAGCUUCCAUGAUGCACAGGCAGGAGACUGUGGAGUGCCUGAAAAAAUUCAACGCCAGGAGGAAACUCAAGGGGGCCAUUCUGACCACUUUGCUGGUCACAAGAAACUUCUCAGCAGCCAAGAGUUUGCUGAAUAAAAAGACAGACGGCGUUAAGGUAAACAACAAAGCAAACACAGCGACCAGUCCUAAAGACACUGGCCCCGCCCCUGCACUGGAACCACAGACGACUGUGAUCCACAAUCCUGUGGAUGGAAACAAGGAGUCCAUCGAGAGUGCCAACACCACCAUUGAAGAUGAAGACGUUAAAGCUCGUAAACAGGAAAUUAUCAAAGUCACCGAGCAGUUGAUUGAAUCUAUCAACAAUGGAGACUUUGAGGCUUAUGCGAAGAUUUGCGAUCCUGGUCUGACUUCCUUUGAGCCCGAGGCACUGGGCAAUCUGGUGGAAGGACACGACUUCCAUCGCUUUUACUUUGAGAAUGCCCUGUCUAAAGGGAACAAGCCAGUGCACACCAUUCUCUUAAACCCACACGUUCACCUGAUCGGGGAGAACGCGGCAUGCAUCGCCUACAUUCGCCUGACCCAGUACAUGGAUGGCAGCGGCAUGCCACGCACCAUGCAGUCUGAGGAAACCCGUGUGUGGCACCGCCGUGAUGGCAAGUGGCAGAACAUCCACUUCCAUCGUUCCGGCUCACCCAGCAUCCCCUCUCAUUAAUGGAACAUGAUGUGGUUAAAAAAAGAGAGAAGAACAUCCCAUCUCUUCAGCAAAUGUGUGAGUAGGGCAGUUAAGCCAACCAGUGAUGACUGCUCUGCAACCUUUAACCCUCUAAAGACAUGGCACAGGACACAAGUAUUAAUACUACGUUUUACAGUUAUGGCAUUUAAUCAAUGGACUUCAUUCGUAUUAAACCACCUGCGAGUGGCUGCACACAGUAUUAGGACAUUAUGAAAUGAGCAUAUGAGCAACUUUUUUUGUUUUGUUUUGUUUUUUAAAAUGUUUUGGUAUGCAUUUGAAAUAUAUCAAUUUGAAAUCAACUGCUGUAACCUCUUCUGGAAAUGGAUUGUGUAUUUUUAUGUGUAUUUCUGUGCGUGUAAAAGAAAACAAAAACAAUUGGAAAGAUCCGAAUGUUCAAAUUGAGCUUGCUUUAGUUCUGGUGAUGUAUAUAUACAUUGUGAUCGUUGAAGAAAACAAAAACAAAUGUUGAAAGUGCUAUUCUUGCUAUCAGAGGAAUUAAUAGUUUAUGUCAAAUCCAAUUGACAAAUUAUAUUUGUGUUUGCUAUGAGCUAUAAGUCAUACUGUUCCAAUUGUCUGACUUCAACAUGUAAUACUAAUUUAAAUGUAAAGCAAGCAGAGCUUACACUUUGCAUUGGAAUAUGUUUGCCUUUAUAUCAGUGAUAUAAGAAAUACGAGAAUGUAGCAUAUAUGUAAUAUAUGAACAUCCAAGACUAUUGUGUAGUGCAUGGGGGGGGAAAUAAUGAGUAAGAUCAUAUGAAACUAUAAUAUCUUCUGUUUGAGUUGUGACUCACUGACUUGUUUGUUAAUGUUGUGCACCAGUCCUGUCCCAAACGAUUCUACUGUCCUCCAGUAUCAUGGAACUAUUGUAAAAACAAAAACACAACAAAGUUCAAAGCUGCGUAUCGAAUAGGAAGGGUGGAGAAAAGAAAAAGGACAAAAAAAAAGCACCUCUUGCAUUUUGUAUAAACAUGUGUAGGAAGUUAGCUCAUUUUUUCAUAAUGUUUGUACUUGUGUAUUGUAUGACCGUACGUAAAGGGUUUUCUGUUGUCAUUUUUUCCAGUGUGUUACAUUGCCAAUUGCACGGAGAUGAUGACAAAGAAGACAGAGCAGGCAUCUUCACAUGAAUUGUCAACUUUGCUAAACUUGCAUGAAAAAAUUUCAAGAUGUAGCCAGAUGACAUGUGAGCAAUGUUUUCCUUGAGCAUUACUAGUAGGACAACACCCGUGCCCUUAUCAUCUCAUUGAUUUGUCUCGGACUUUUUUUUUUUUUAAUGGCAAAAUACAGAAAACCUUCCUUUUGAUGAAGCGUACGAUGUCAAUUCAAUGCACAGCUCCUUAACUGGUUUGGAACUGUUGCCGGCACGGCAAUAGAUGGCUUAUGAUGUAUAAGAAGUAAAUAAAUGAGCUUAACAGUGUGAUCCUG